CUGACGACGGGCUGCAUUUUAUACGUUGGCUCGUGCACAAAAACGACCGACCGUCCGGCUGAUCGCGUGCCACUACAAAAACGUACUUACCUGAUCAACCGUCUCUCCGGUCCUUAAAUUUAAGGUGCAAUUCAUCGUGGAUACUUUACAUCUGUAUAUUCCGUUUUUUCUCCAAGAAAGUGCCGCGUCCUUCCGCUGCACGACGACUAAGCGAAGACAAAUAGAGGUGGAUUCCACGGUUUGUCCUCGUGUGUAAUUUUUUCAAAAGGCCUGUGUGACAUUUAAAAAUGGACGCAGAUUUGUAAAAUAUCGAAAAAGAGAAUAUCAGAAGAAGCAUUAAGUUGCCAUUAGUUCAGUUAUUAUUUCGAAUAAAUUAAAAAUUUUUAUCCACUCACUUACACAUAGGAAUGUUCAUUUCGUUGAUUCCGCAGGGACCAUUACACUAAGUCGUAGAGUAAACUCAACAGCUAAUGAACGGAAGUGAAAUUGACUUUACGAGGCAUACAAUUGGUUUUUCAAGAGUAUCAUAAAUCGGUGUAAAAACGGUCCAACUUUGGUACUAAUAUUACAAUAACAGUGAUACUAAUAGAACCAUUAAAAGAUGAAGGAAAACACAAAAUGCGGAUUUUGGUGCUUUUACCCAAAGUGGCUGCAAAAUUGGGCCACUUCGCGGACCUUCAUCGCGGUUUAUGGUCUCCUCGGCACUGUGCAGUCGAUGUCCUUUAUUUACAUCGUCGUGAGUUUGACGACCCUAGAAAAGAGAUUCAAAAUUCCCAGUCGGACAACAGGUAUAAUCAUGUCAGGCAACGAAAUCUCCCAGAUCCUAUCGGUCCUGCUGAUCUACUACGGUAACGCCGGCCACCGGCCACGAUGGUUGGCCGUGGGGGUGUUCUGCAGUGCCCUGUCCUGCCUCGUCCUCGCCCUGCCGCACUUCAUCUACGGCCCGGGUCAGGAUGCCCUGGCCCUGACCCGCGAGUACCUGAACGCGUCGCUGGUCUCCUACCCGGGCAAGACUACCGAUUUGCCGGUCUGCUCGAGGGCCAGCCAACCCGAGGCCUGCGACGAGGAGAGUCUCACCGACACGAGCAUCGUGCCUCGACUACUGGUCUUCUUCUCCCAGUUCAUCCUGGGCAUCGGGACGACCUUGUACUAUGGCCUCGGGCAGACCUACAUGGACGACAACACCAAGAAGAAGAACGUGCCAAUGCUCCUGGGCUUCACAUUAGCAUUGCGAAUGGUUGGACCAACUCUUGGCUAUGUCCUGAGCUACCUGUGCUUAGAUUUGUACAUCGACCCAACCCUGCACCCCAUAAUCGACCAAAAGGACCCGAGAUGGCUCGGCGCCUGGUGGCUCGGUUGGAUCAUUCUCGGCCCUGCAAUGUUUAUAUUUUCGGGGCUGCUUGCCAUGUUUCCUCGAGAACUCGACAAAUCAAAAAGGCCCACCAUCAUCAAGGAAGAAGAGGAAGCUCUGAAUGAAAGUAAAGUCCCUUUGAGGAUCGAGGCAAGUAAAAACGAAUGCAAUGGGACUACAAAUUUGGUGGAAAAGCCCACCUUGAGAGAAUUCCCAAAGGCGGUCAAGCGAAUAAUGACAAAUAAAAUUUUGCUGUGCACCUUAUUUAGUGGAUUAUUUUACGUUUUGAGCGCUUCUCCGUACAUAAGUUUCUUCGCCAAGUACCUGGAGGUGCAGUUCCAAACUACUCCAGGUGGAGGUACCAUAUUUGUCGGUCCACUGACUCUUUUGGGGAUGGUACUCGGCUACAUGGUCUCUGGCGUGUUAAUAGGAAAAUUCAAACCAUCCCCCAAGUAUCUGCUGUAUUGGAACGUCCUUGUGGGAGUUGUCUAUCUUCUCGGUCAGAUUUCAUUCAUGUUUCUCAGUUGUAGUGGCAGCAUCGAAGGCGUCGACAUGGCCACCAUGAAAAUGAACCUGACAUCACCGUGCAAUGCAGCCUGCAGCUGCGAGACGGUCAAGUACGCGCCUGUCUGUCACCAGCCCACAAAAACCACCUUUUUCUCAGCCUGCCAUGCCGGCUGCCGCACGAUCGUGAACGACACCACGUUCGCCGAUUGCGGCUGCGUGUCUGGUCUCCAGGAUGUCCUUGGAACUCCUCGGACCCUCGAUCAUGUAGUCACCUCGGGUCCUUGCGAGCACGACUGUUUCAAAUCCUACCUACUGUUUGCCGUCAUUGCGAUGAUCACUGACACUCUUAGCUGUUCGGGGACCAUUGUUUCCGUGCUUUUGAGCUUCAGGUGCGUCGAGACGAGGGACAAGAGUCUCGCUCAGGGAAUGACUUUGAUGAUGCUGUCGCUGUUCGGUUUGAUUCCUGGGCCCAUCAUCUUUGGCGCCAUCAUGGACUCGACGUGCCUCAUUUGGGACAUGUCCUGUGGGAAAAAGGGCAACUGUUGGUUCUACCACACGGAUAACUUCAAAUACUACGUCAAUAUCGUUUCCGCCGGUUUCUGUAUCAUUGCAUUGAUGUUUGACGUAACAGUGUGCCAUCUCGUUAAGGACAUUGACUUUUACGGGGAGGAAGACGAGAACAAAAAGACACCCGCUCUCAAGGGCAGCCAGUUGAAACUGCCCAAUGAAGAGGACAUCGUCAGGCCGUAACAGUCGUCGAUAAAACGGCUGCGUGCUUAUGUGUGACUUUUAUUUUAAUUCUUUGAUUUUUAUUCCUUUUUUUGUACGCGCACGACAUGACUUGUAAAUAUUACCUUAAUUCAUUUUUUCAUUGAUCGUCAGUGGUUUAUGUACGAGAUUUUAUUUAGCUUUUUUUUAUAUGAAACAACGUACGUGUAGUCAUAGCAUGACUGGAAUCCAUAUAUAAAUCAAUAAUGGUAUAAUACCGCUGGAUAUCAUAAAAACUUUAUAAUCAAAAGACUUCAAGCAUUAAUAAUUAGCCCUGAAGACAACAGAAUUAGAGGAAUUUACCUCACGAAAUCUUCUCAUAUGAAUUAUAAUGUGUAGAUAUUACGCCUGACCUCAAUAGUGAUAUUACCAAAUAA